AUGCCGGGCUCCCAGCAAGCCAGUCUGGAUGAGAAUGAGGUGUUCCUGCCGGUAACCCCGUCUUCCCCGGAGUUCCUCUACUCGGAACUUGAGCGCCAUUCUAUGGAGAAGCUCCUGGAUGAAGGUCCCAAAGCCUUUUACAACACCGUCGGCGCAGAGUUCUUUGGCUCCUUCCUCUCUCCCGAUGAGGUGGGCGAGAUAACCAGCUCGGUUCAGGACUUUCAUUAUACUCCCCUGCAAAGAGAAGAGACUGGAGGGAAAGUCAAUCCGGAUGCAGCUGACCUCACCUCGUCCUACUUCCCGUCCCACUCGGAUGUGCCCGCUCCGCGUUUGGAGCUGGGUUGGCCCGAGGCGCCUUGGGUGCGCAUGGAAAACGUCACAGUGUACACAAAUCCCCCCGCUGAGGGAGAACCUGCCAUCAGAGAGGUCAUCCGACGGCAUCUGCAGAAAGCCAGCCAAGUACUUGGCAUCGUGACUGACCGGCUGACAGACAGCACUAUCAUUAGGGAUUUACACAACGCAGCCUCCAGAGGUGUCCCGGUUUACAUCAUCCUCAACCAAAGGACCGUUGAAGAGAAGUACACACUCCACAGGCUGGGACAUCCGAACAUUCGUGUUCGUGUUCUUGGAGGUAAAAGCUUCUGCUCGAAAAGUGGAAAGAUGAUUGUUGGCGAGUUGAAAGAGAAAUUUAUUUUGGUGGAUUUGGAGACUGUUAUUCAUGGUAGCUACAGCCUCACGUGGACGGAUGCUCACUUACAUCGACAUCUCGUCACCGCUGUCACCGGCUCGGCUGUGGACGUCUUCGACAAAGAGUUCCGGAUCCUGUUUGCUGCUUCCUCCCCGGUUCCCAACCUUUCGGAAUACGCCGUUCCCCACAUGGAAAUGACAAAGCAGCAAAAAGACUUCAAAGAUCCGAGUCCUCCCAGACACUUGCACAUGAAGCAAGAGAUCCUCAACCCUCCUUCUCCACCGAUGAACGUCCACCUGGACUGGGAGGCCAUGGGUGUCAUCCCAAGAGGAACCUUGACGGAUAAUCCUUUUGAGGAAGAGGAAGAGGAAGUUGUGGCAAAGGAAACAGCCUUGCAGAAUGAUAUGAUGUUUGAUAAAAACACAGCCAUUUUGGAUACUUUUACUGUGAAUGGAUACAAGCCUACGACAUCGAGAAGGGUAUGGGACAGCUCUCUAAUGACAAACAAUUUGCCGGACAACGUAAAACUUUCCAAUUGGGCAGAACAUCACACAGAAGAGUUAGUAUCCCAGCAGUUCUCCAAAGAGCUGAGAAACAGCGCGGACGACAGAUCGUUGUCAGCGUGGCGAGACAACAAAGACAGCGACUUGAAGCAAAAUGAAUUUUUAUUUUCUUCAACGAGGGAAAAAUGGCACGAAAAGCCAAAUUCCCGCGUGAGAGAGGAGAGCAACUUGGAUGACAUCAGCUCCAACAUAGAAAAUGUAGCCGCCUCAAGAAAGCCCUUAAUCUUGAGGGUGCCGCAAUCGGAGAGCUUCAACUCGAUGAAUGACCUCAUGAAGAGAUUCAAACCUCAGAAGAAGUCGGAACUCCUCAGAAGAGGCUCCAUGAACAACAUGCCCGAGACGACCCUCUCCAUGAUGGACCUCCGAGCGGAUGCACCCAGCGCCGACCCGAUUCCCGAUGAGAGAAGAUUCUCUGUCCCGAGGCUUAAUUUCAACGUUUAUGAGCCAGACCAAAUGACACCGGGCUUAAUCCUGAUGCAGAGAAGGAACGACGUGGUCAAGGCAGCCCUGCAAAGACUUCCACAGGCCUCCAAGCUCAGACCUCGCAGCUUCGCCCUAGAUUUGAACUGGAAGCCUCUAAGGGAAAGAAAAGGGGAGGAGGAAUGAGCUGCCGCUCCAUCUGUCUUGAAAGAAACUACAAAACCUCGCUUACCUCUGUAGUAUUAAACACUCGAACAAGAAAAAAGGCUGACUCAAGACUUGGAUCGAGGAGUCUAUUUGUGUGGAUGAGGAGUUAACCUGUCCCACUCCGACUUGUGAGGUUUUUGCUCUUGGAAUCUCAUCUGCGACCUUCAUGUUGGAGAUUUCAUUUUCCCUGUUAGUCUGGCCUUCUCCAAAAACAUACAUGUUGUUAGAUCCACAGGUGAAAAUGUGAGCGUGUUCAUGCUGGAUCGAUAUACGCCGGUGGGGUUGAGAAAGUAAUUUAUACAUAUUGUUUCGUAUAGAAUAAUAAAAUGCAGAGGGGCUUAAGUGGGGCUACACCAAACGCUGGUGUAACGCCAUCCAUAGAUAGGCUCUAACUCAUCUGUGAGUGAUUUAUUUUUCUUGUAUUAACUAUAAAAUGUCAAAUGUUGUCAGUCUGUUUUUAAUUAUAUGUGACUAUUUUAACUAUGUGAAGUUUGAGAGUGCUCUCUGUAUAAAUUGCUAUCUAAAUAAAAUGUCUUUGACUUACUAUAGAAAAAUAGGGAAGUUGGCAGGGUUCAUUUCAGUGCAAUAGAAAAGGGAUAAUUCUUCUUCUUCCACAUAAGACGGCUGGAGAUAAGAUUUGAAGCCAGAAGCUCAGAACUGUGAGGUUGAAAUGUUAACCACUCCUUCACUGUGCUUCAUACAAUUAAAAAAAAAAAAAAAAAUGCUUCCCACAAACGACCGGGAGUGACCGACGAUUUUGAGUUGACAAUCCUGUCUGACUUGAGGUUGUGACCUUUAAGAUUAGCCACAAUUAUCUUUAUUUUUGAAAAAAUAAAAAAAAGACCAUA